UUCCCCCCCAGAUCGUCAACAUCUCGUCGGACGUCACCGUGAACGAGGGCAGUAGCGUGACCCUCAUGUGCCUGGCUUUCGGGAGACCGGAGCCCACCGUCACGUGGCGGCACCUCUCUGGAAAAGGGCAGGGCUUUGUGAGCGAGGACGAGUACCUGGAGAUCACGGGCAUCACACGGGAGCAGUCCGGGGAGUACGAGUGCAGUGCCGUCAACGACGUGGCCGUCCCGGACGUGCGGAAAGUCAAAGUCACCGUCAACUAUCCGCCGUACAUCUCAAACGCCAAGAACACGGGAGCCUCGGUGGGCCAGAAGGGCAUCCUGCAGUGCGAGGCCUCAGCCGUCCCCGUGGCGGAGUUUCAGUGGUUCAAGGAGGAC